AGGGCGCGCCGGGGGCUUCGGCAUCGCCGGGGCGGCGGCGGCCGGAGCCGGACUGAAACCCGGCAAGAAAACGCGAGGCAGAGUGAAGAUUAAAAUGGAAUUCAUCGACAACAAACUGAGGAGGUACACGACUUUCAGCAAAAGGAAGACCGGCAUCAUGAAGAAGGCAUAUGAGCUGUCCACCCUGACGGGAACGCAGGUUCUGUUGCUGGUGGCCAGUGAGACCGGCCACGUUUACACCUUCGCCACCCGGAAACUGCAGCCCAUGAUCACCAGUGAGACGGGGAAAGCUCUGAUCCAAACAUGCCUCAAUUCCCCCGACUCUCCGCCCCGCUCAGACCCCACCACCGACCAGCGUAUGAGUGCCACUGGCUUUGAGGAGACCGACCUGACCUACCAAGUCUCUGAAACGGACAGCAGUGGGGAGAACAAGGACGGUUUGAAGCCCACCACUUUCACUGUGGCCAAUGUGCCGGGCUCUACGGGGACACACCAGUCGGCCUCCAACACUUCCACCAACCUGCAGGUCAGCGCUGGCCACAACUUCCCCAUCACCAACUACCUGGCUCCUGUCACCGCCAUCGCCAACAGCAACGGUACCACCUUCAAACCCUCGGCCUCCGGCACUGGCUCAGGCAGCAUGUUGCAGUUCCCUAGCGGCUUCACCCUCAUGUCAGGCACACCAUUGCCGGGGACACCGACCAUUCCCCUCAGCCAGUUACAGCCGCACUCUCUGACUGUGCAGGGGCAGCAGGGGCAGAUGCUGAGCAGCCAGUCACAGUCCGGGCAGCAAACUGUCUUUCGUUUCCCAGCCACCAGCGGUGGUCAGAUCGUCUCCAUCGCAGGCGAGUCCCUCUCCAACUCGGGGGCAACUCGGGUUGUGGGUGUGCUCGGGGACUCAGCAAGUUCCAGUUCAGGCGAUACAGCUCCACCAGGCCUCAGGGCAGGUCAGCGUGCAUCAAGCCACGCAACAGACGGUCACCAUCAGCGACAGCAACUCAGAAAUCUCUCAGGCAUCGACCAGCGGGACAAUGACAUUGCCGGCGACCAUCGUGACGUCCUCGGUGCCCACCACUCUGGGGAGCCACGUGAUGUACCCCAGCCCCCACGGGACGGUCAUGUACACCACGUCCAGCCCGGGGCUGGCAGACGGGGGCCUGACCGUCCUGAACGCUUUCUCGUCGGCCUCCUCAGGAAUGCAGGUCUCUCACGGGCAGAUGCAGGAGCAGGGAGGAGUGUCACAAGUUGUCCUCACGGCCCCCUCGGGCACAGUACAAAUCCCCCUCCAGCUACACCAGGUAUGGCACGAAGAGAGCCCUUCAGAACAUUGCUGAUGCUGCACAGGACAGAUGGCAGUGAUCGGUCAGCAGACUGUGUCCGGGGGACUGACCGAGCUGCAGGUGGCCAGUCUGGAGACUACGCCCAAGUUCCCGCCCAGUGAUUGACCACCGGCCUGGACCUGGGCAGAGAAAAGAGCAGCUUCUAUUUUUAAAAAAAAAAGACCUGAACUGAACGCCAUAUUUAUUUAUUUUCUGCCUUCCCCAUACCCCCCUUCUGCACCCCCCGCCCCUCAUUUUUAUAAAGUCAGAGCGAAUGGAUGGAGCGUUUUUAGGUUUCUUAUCGCGUCUCGAAGAAGGCCUGAGAACCCUUGAGGUUAUUGGAGCAAGUUCCGAGAUGACCUUGGGCUUCGGGCAAUGUGGCCGAUGCCUCCAGCCAAAGACGAUUCUACAGUGUGAGUGUGUGCGCGUGUGUGUGAGCAAUACUGUCCACGAGGUGAUUAACUCCCCCACCCCCACCCUCCCAACUCACUCCCCCCAUCCCUGGGAAAGGAGAACAGCAAUGCUUAUCACUUGUUUAAGAUGUAGAGAGAGAGAGAUUGGCUGAGGGUUCUGCAGCUCCAACUUUUAACCGCGGGUGAAUUAACUUUGGGUGUAGUGAGGGUGGCAUUGGGUGGGGGCGCUGAGGUGAAACUAGAGAAACAAACUGGGGGAGGGCGGGAAAGGAAUAAAGGAGGUGAAUAAAAUGAAACCAUAGGUAAGUUCAGGCUGAUGUACCAACUCUUUCCGCCGCCCCCCUCCCAAAUCAUCUUUUCGUCCACCUAUGAAAGUAGUCAUCAUUCAGACUUUGGGAAGGUUGUUUUAAACUCAGGCGGCGGUGGGAGAGAGACUGCAAGUGUCUUCUGUCUCCUAAUGCCAACAUCCUGGCCUGGCAGUCUCAUCCUCCUGCCCGGUAUUUCCUACCCUGCCACACCAUUCCAUCUCCUUCACCCCCGCCACCCCGCGCUCAGCUCCUACCAUGGCCCCCAUCCAUCAUUCCUUUGCCCCCAUGAUGGAUGAACCAAAUUUCAUGCAGUUAAACAUGAACAAGAUGGAAGCCAUACUCUUUGGCUCCCAUCGGCGUCUUCUGUCCUGUGGUUCCAACCUCCUCAACUUAACUGAUCUGUCCUUAAAACUCUCUGAACCCGUGUGCAACUUAGGCAUCAGGUUCG